ACAGCUGCAAGGCUAAUCAAUUCGUAACGAAGUCUGCAAAGAUUCCCCGCUUUAUUUGAAUAUAUUUUUAAUGUAUUCAGAAUUUUUAACGGAAAAUGUCAGAAAAAAAUUGAAUAAAAUUGAAAGAAAGGAUCAAAAUGUCGCGAAUUGUAAGGAUACGCUGCCUCACACUCACACCCAAGUAUCUAUGAAUCUUUGAAAUACAAUAUGAAUAGAGAGAGAGAGAGGCGGAGCACGCAAACUCACUCAAAGUUGAGACGCUCAGAGAGAGAGAGACAGAGUGUAAAUCUCGGGACGUCUUCUUCUAAUAAGAGAACGUGUCUGCAAAAAAAAGAAAUAGUAAGAAAAAAAAAAAAACUUACCCUCAUUGGUGUUCGAGUGACAAACUGGUAGCGCCAAUGCCAAUGCCUUCGUAUCGGGUGCGUCUUCGACUUGAACUUCGUCUCGGCUUCGGCUUCGGGUUUCGCAUACCAAUUCCACUCCAACCACUUCUGCUUCCCCUUCUCCCUUUUGCAUGUACUGUUUAGCGUUUGUUUUUUUGCGUUUCUUUCUCUACCUUUUUAACCCUUUCGAUGUUGUCCGUCGUCUGCUGCGUGAUUUUAUGUGCGUUGUUUUUCUUCUCUUCGAAAGUAUUUCAAAGAUGUUUCCCUUGAAGAAAACGAAAGCAGGCUGCGACGACAGCGACGGCGACUGCAACUGCGACCGCGACUGCGAAGCUGAAAAAGGGUUCUCGUUGUGUCCAGGCGGCAUUGCGACAACAGAAGUUCGUCUGGCCUCGAGCUGAGCGGAUAGGCAGAGAGAUCAAAGAUCGAUAUCUUAAGCGCGCCUCACGAGUGUACCAAGUGUUCUUCUUCCUCUUCUUCACAGCUUGCAUUAUCCAACUGUGUUCUAAACCCAAUCUCAAAAGCACUUUUUAGUGUAGUGUUGUGUAGUUCGUCUUGUGUUGUGUGUUGUGUAGUGUUGUGUGCAUCCUUUUUGAUUUGAUUAUUGCUAGCACUUUUUUGAGUUUUGCAUGCAUUUUGUGUUGAUUGUAUCGUGGUUGUGUCUGGCUCUACUUUGCUGCCCAAGCAUCUUCAACUGUCACAAUGGAGGCCAACUCUCCCACCACUGCUGCCAUCACAGCAACGACAACAGCAGCGACAUCGACCACAGCGCCACUGGCAACCACUUCCACAACCAGCUCAACAGUUCCCUCGCCAGCUGCCGUCGCGGCAAAGAGUCUCUCAGGAAGCGGAAGCCACAGCGCCACAGCGUCCAGCUGCUCGACCUCAGCUACCGUUGCCGCUGCCACACCGACUGCCACGGGCAACAUCAGCAACAGCAACAGCCUGACACAGUCGCUGCCCCAACUGCUGGCAGCCAGCACCAGCAUUGAGUUCUGCAAGCAGGAGGAUGUCCACAAUCUAUCGCUAGCCAGCGGACCCUCUGAGGGUCAGAGAUCACUCUCGGGGGCGCCGUCAGCGUCCUCUAGUCCCAUACUGAGUCCGCAAGGCAAGAUCUUUGGACGCAAUGCAAAUGGCACAAUGAUCACCACGUCGCGUCCCAGUAACGAGGCCGAGGUGCAGCUGUACCGCGUGCUCCAGCGAGCCAGUCUAUUGGCCUACUAUGACACGCUGCUCGAGAUGGGCGGCGAUGAUGUGCAGCAGCUGUACGAUGCUGGCGAGGAGGAGUUCCUCGAAAUCAUGGCACUGGUGGGCAUGGCAUCCAAGCCUCUCCAUGUGCGUCGCCUGCAAAAGGCGCUGCACGAAUGGGCCAACAAUCCGGCGCUCUUCCAAGGUCCAAUGCUGCCGCAUUUGGGACUUUGUGAGACGCCAACGAAGCCAUCGCUGGUCUUCAAUCCGGAUGCCACGCCCGCGCUGCCACGCAGCAAAUUCUCCUCGUUCAAUCCCGCUGCCUCGUUUCAAGUUUCUGCCAAUCUGCCGCUGGCCACAACGCCCACUCCGGUGUCGGCGCCAAUGCUCUCGCAGAUCAGUCAACCCUCCCCUGUGCUCUGCCCCACUGUGCCGCUGCCCGCUGUGAUGCAGAGUCAAUCCACCUCCCCGCUGAUACUGCCAUCCACGCCAAGCGUGACCACGCCCUGUGGCGCCAGCACCGCCCACCAGGUGUCGUCCAGCUCGCCACAGCUGACGCCGGUGCUGACCGAGAUGCAGGUGCAGCGGAUCACAAUGUGCGCAGCAAAGAUUGCGCGUCAGUUGCCGCAACGCGAACCCCGGGCACAGACCUCCAAGAAGCGCACCACACGCGAACUGGAGGCUGUGAUUGCCAUGGGUGAACAUGAUCCGCGUCGCAUGGAUGAGAUACGUAAGUACUCGGCCAUCUAUGGCCGCUUCGAUUGCAAGCGACGGCCAGAGAAGCCGCUCACCUUGCACGAGGUGUGCGUCAAUGAGGCAGCCGCACAACUGUGCCGGAAUCCUCAGACGAUUUGGUUGCUCACGCGCCGUGAUGAGCUGUUUCCGCUGGCGAGACAGAUUGUCAAGGAUGCGGGCUUCGGGCACUCGGCCAGCAUUGCUCGCUAUGGUAAUCUGUUGUCGCAAAUGCCGGGCAACAAUCAGGCGCAAAGUCAACGCAGUGGCGGCGGCGUCGUCUCCAUCGAUGUCGAUUGCGAGUCCAGCGAUGCGGCCGCCGUUGCUGUGCCGAGCAGCAAGCGUCAGCGUUUGUCCUCCACCGAAGCCAGUCAGCUGCCCAUGGAACUCAGUCGGGAAGCUGUUGAGGAUUCACGCUACAAUCUGUUUGCCAUGUACCAAAAGUUUGCCAAGCCGCCGUUCGAUCUAACUGAAAUUGCCAAGUUCUCGCUGGCCAAGACUGCGGACUUUGAGGACAACGAUUCGCGGUUCUCGUUCAGCAACUCCAGCUCGCCACCCAUGCCAGCCAAUGGUCUGGAAAAUGAACGUUCACCGGUCUCAUCCCACGGCCAGUGUCCCAUCGAAACAUCACACGCCGAUGCCAGAGAUCUGACUCUUACCGAAUCCAUUGAUCUGACCGCCAACGGAGUUCAGGUCAUCUCGGCCGCUGGUGAUAAUAUCAUUGCUGUCGCAAAUCCCGCCCUGGCACUUAGUCCCACCCUCAAUGAGGUCCUCAAGCGAAAUGCCGCCACACCGGAAUCGUAGAUCGGCAAGGAAUUUUUAGUGCCAGUCUUAAGUAUGUGCAAUUUAAUUAAAUACAAUUUGUUAGUCUUAAGUGCGAAAGUAAAUCAAUCAAUCUAGAGCAUAAACCCUGUGAUCUACUCUAUUCUGUAAUAAAUACAAUAUUUCACCCGCACUCCUUUUUCUCAAAAU